AUGGCGCUACGCGCGGCUCUGGGCUGCGGCCGCUGGCUCGCCCGCGCUCUGGCAGCGCCGGGGGCGGCCCGGGUCCCGCCGCCGCUGCCCGCCGCCGCCUCGGUGCUGCUGCCGGUCGGGCCCCGCCCGCUCCGACCCGCCGCCCGCUUCGCCAGCACCGCCGGGCCGGGCCCGGGGCCCGAGGGCCCAGCGCGGCGGGUGGUGGUGGUGAGGAUCACCAGCCCCUUCGCCUGGCUCCGCACCCGCUUCUACUACCUGCUCAUCCGCCUGUACUUCGACCAGGAGUUCAGCAUCGAGGAGUUCACGCGGGGGGCCAAGCAGGCCUUUUCUGUUGUUUCAAAACUGUUGUCUCAGCGUAAACUUGACCUGCUGGAUGAACUUGUAUCAGCAGAGGUACUUCAGGUGCUGAAGGAAAAGAUUUCUUUGCUCCCAGACAACCACAGGGAUGCUUUAGCAGCUGACAUUGAUGCAAUCAUGUACACAACAGAAGGAGAUGUUCGCAUUUACUAUGAUGAUGAUGGAAGAAAGUUCGUCAGCAUCCUGAUGUGUUUCUGGUAUCUGAAUGGUGCUAACCUACCUGAGCAAUUACCGGGUGAAGCAAAAGUUUUCCAGAUUGUGUUUGGAGAUGAAAGCACAAAAGAAAAAAGACAUCUUCUAACAGCAAACUAUGAGUUCCAAAGGGAAUUUACAGAAGGAGCAAAACCAGACUGGACAAUUACACGGAUUGAACAUCCAAGGCUAUUAGAAUAAAUACCUUUUACAGUC